CUGGUUGCAAAUUUUGGCCAAAAUUGGCUUAAUUACUGAGGUAAUGGACUCGAGUGGUCACCAGGUUAAUAAAGAUGUCGUUCCUCCCACUCCGGGACAUUUCUCCGUCGAGAUUUAAAAGUUCGAAAAAUUAUUCAAAAUUUUGUGGAGACCGAAUCAGGGACAUUUCGUCGGCUCGAUUUAAAAUCUCGGUUACAAAAUUUGGUCGACACCGAAACGAAGACAUUUCCCCUAAAAUUCCGAUACAUGCAAAAUUUCGUGGACACCAAAUCGUGGACAAUUCGCAAACUGGAUUUAAAAUUUCAAAAAAUUCAAUAUUUCAUCGAAACCGGGACAUUUCCCCGUUUGGGUCCAAAUUCCCGAAAAAUGGUACAUUUGAUCGACACCGAAUCCAUGAUAUUUCCCCACGUCGACUAAAAAUCCGGGUUGCUAAAGUUCGUCGACACCGAAUCGGAGACAAUUCUCCUCGUCAAUUUAAAAUUCCCAAAAAUACGAAAUUUGAUCGACACCGAAUCCCGGACAUUUCCUCGCCUCGAUGUAAAAUUCCGAAAAAUACUAAAUUUCGUCGACACUCAAUCAGUGACAUUUCUCCACCCCGAUUUAAAACUGUUACAAAAUUUCAUCGUCACCGAAGCAGAUUAAAGUCGAUUAAUACUUUACUAAUUUAUUUUUUACUGAUUUUUCACGUCCGUGUCGCCUCGGCGGGGUCGGGACUAAAGUGGUGUUACGACGCGGCCAGUUGUGGUCCCGCGCACUGGGGCGGGCUCUGCUCUUCAGGCAAGAAACAGAGCCCGAUUAAUAUUCCGACGGCGAAAGUGACGGCGAGGACGGCCGUCAGCACGAGAAUUAUUCUGAACAGGAAUUACGCACUGCCAAAGCUCUUCUUCGUCAAGAAUACGGGGCACACGCUUCAACUCUCGAUCAACGCGGAUGACAAGUCGAAAUGCUUCCUGUUGGGGGACGGGCUGGGGAAGAAGCCGUACUACUUUUCCCAGUUGCACUUCCACUGGGGACCGAACGACCAGGUGGGGUCGGAGCAUCGCAUCUCCGGAAAAACGUACCCUCUCGAGAUGCACAUGGUCCACAAGCAGAUUAAGGACCCCUCCAAGAUCGCCGUCAUUUCCGUGCUUUUCUACAUCUCGCCCAACGACAACCCGAACCUCGAACCCAUCCUGAACUUGGCGGGGAAAGUGAAACAGCCCUUGGCCGUGGCGAAGACGACGACCAGUAAUAAAAUCACGUUGACGAAAUUGUAUCCGAAGAAAAUGAGGAUGUUCAGGUACGCCGGCUCCCUGACGACCCCACCCUGCUCGGAAUCCGUGGUUUGGACCGUGUUCCGCGACCCCGUUCCGGUGAGUGCGAAACAAAUGGAGAAAUUCCGGAAGUUGCUGUCCUUCUCGAAGAAACCGCUGACCACGAACUUCCGCCCCGUCCAACCCACGUUCACCUCCGUCAGGAAAAAUAUCUUCUUCGUUCGACAACUCAAGAAAAACGGUUUUGACGACAUUGGGGAUUUCGACGAGGGCGAAGAUCAUUUUGGUGGUGGUGACCACUACCAAAACGGUAUCGACCAUAACAAUUACCACCCGCCGCAACAGAGACCGAACCGUCCCGGGGUCAUUUUUUGGGGUGGGGGAUUCGCCGGGUAUGGCGACGCGACCCAUUUCCACGCCUCGAAAGAGGAGUGGGACUAUUGGCACCCGGAACAAGCGUAUCAUUUGCAUAAUCCGGGAGAAAUUGACUCCACGACCAGUUUGGACGAUUUUGAACUGGAUUUUUACCAAGCGGAUCAGUGGAUUGAUUUGGCAUCGAUUGUAUAAAGCAUGUAAAUAUGUAUGUAUUUAUGUAAAUACUUGGAAAUAAUAUUAUGGAAAUUUUGUACAAUAAAAGUCAUUGAUUGUACAAAUUAUAUAAAUAAUAUUAUGACAAUUUUGUACAAUAAAAGUUAAGGUUUUUGCACGUGGGGGAUUGAUUUGGGGGGGAUUUCAUGUAACGUUAAUUCAGUGUUUUAAAUUUUACCAGUUUUGGUUGAUUUUUACCGACGCAGUGACGAAAAUUGGUAAAAAGUGCUAAAAACGCUCCAGUAUCGAUCAAAAUUACCACCCCCCGCAACAGAGGCCGAACCGUCCCGGAGUAAUUUUUUGGGAUUCGCCGGGUAUGGCGACGCGACGCAUUUCCACGCCUCGAAGGAGGAGUGGGACUACUGGCAUCCGGAAGAAGCGUACCAUUUGCAUAAUCCGGGAGAAAUUGACUCCACGACCAGUUUGGACGAUUUUGAACUCGACUUUUACCAAGCGGAUCAGUGGAUUGAUUUGGCAUCGAUUGUGUAAAUAAAUUACAUAUGUAAUCAUGUAAAUAUGUAAAUAUUAUGGUAAU